AAAAAUACCCAAAAGAACAAACUCGUCGAAAAUCUAGGAAGGCAAGGGGAAUAGGGGGCUGAGCGACAAACGAGAAGGCGCCUUUUUCCUCUCUGUGUCUUUCCGGACAUAGAAAAGUACGAGAAAACAAAAGGGAGACACAGAGACGGCAGAGCAGAGAGACAGAGAGAUUUGCCCCUUUCGCCCAGUCAGGAUGGCGGGCAACGACCAACCGCCGCCAUUCCCUGCCAGGACAACGGCUCCCACGCGCCCCUCGCUCGCCCUCCCCCCACGCGCCUCCGUUGACUCGCUCUACCCCGGCGGCGGGUGGCACGGGGGCGGGGGGGGAUGGCCGGGCGGUAUGGGCUUGGGUCUGAGCCCGGGGCCGAUGACCCUGGUCUCCCGCCUCUUCUCCGACGGCGAGGACUGCAAGUCCUUCUCCCAGCUCCUCUCUGGAGCCGCCGCGGCUUCUCCCACGGCUCAGUGGCUCGGCUUCUCCCUGCCCGCGUCCGGCAGCGCGUCCGAGAAGGCUGCCGUCCCCCAAGAAGACUUGCGGUUCAAGCAGAGCCGUCCGGACGGAUUGGCGGUCUCGCAGCCGCUGCCACCGGCACUGUUCGCCAUACCACCGGGGCUGAGCCCCGCGGCUUUGCUCGACUCCCCGGGGAUCUUCCCUUCUGUUCCGGGGCCUCUAGGAAUGUCACACCAGCACGGCUUCAUCCGCAUGGGCGCUCGAGGUUCGCAAGCUCAACCUCAUCACGUCCAAUCUGGGUAUGCAUCGGCAUCUUCCUCAACCGCUGCACUAUCCUUAGGAACGAUGCAGUUUCCGCCCUUCACAGUGACCACGUCGAUGAUCAACCAGCGGACCUCAUCCUUGGAAGAAUCGAAAAAUGUCGAGACAGAACCCAUCGACUUCUCUCACACUGAUCAGAGACCUCUUGCGUCUUCAUUUGCCGUGGAUAAGCCUGCCGAUGACGGCUACAAUUGGAGGAAGUAUGGUCAGAAACAGGUCAAGGGAAGCGAAUUCCCCCGGAGCUAUUACAAGUGCACUUACCCUAGCUGUCCCGUCAAGAAGAAGGUCGAGCGCUCUCUGGACGGUCAGAUAACCGAGAUAAUCUACAAGGGACAGCACAAUCAUCAGCCCCCCAAGGGCAAUAAGCGCGCGAAGGACUCUGGAGUAGCUUACAGGAGUUCGGACAUCGAGGAAAGUUCUCAGCUUCCCAUAGCAUUGAUGCCGCUGGAUCAGGAGUCUAGCCAGGUUACGCCUGCGCACUUGUCCGGUACAAGCGACAGCGAGGAAGCUGGCGAUGCUGAGACUGGAGCGGAUGAAAGAGAUGAUGAUGAACCUGAACCGAAGCGACGAAACAUGGAGGUUAUGGCUUCGGAUGCAGGAUCUUUGCAUAGGACCAUUACAGAACCGAAAAUAAUUGUGCAAACGACUAGCGAAGUCGAUCUUUUGGACGACGGCUACAGGUGGCGCAAGUAUGGGCAGAAAGUUGUCAAAGGCAACCCUUAUCCAAGGAGCUACUACAAAUGCACUACUCCGGGAUGCAAUGUCCGGAAGCAUGUUGAGAGGGCUUCAAGCGACCCUAAAGCCGUCAUAACGACAUACGAAGGCAAACACAAUCACGACGUUCCAGCUGCUAAACCGAGCAGCCACAGUGUCGCCAACAGCUACGCCUCACAAUCGAGACAGCAACAGAAUGUAGAAGCCGAGAAGCACGCCAUGUUCGGAACCAGCGCGCAACAGCUGACGGCCCGUUUACAUCUAAAGGAAGAACAGAUAACAUAGGUUUCGUUGUCUGCGACCCCCGGAAUGUGGUGCGAGCAGUGCAAGGAUAUGUUUGUGAAGGAGGCUAAAAACCAAAAGUUAAUUUGCUUUGCUUGAUUUUCCUUUUCAUACUAGGAGGCUGCAGAUUUUGGUCAAUGCUAAUUGCUCUGAUUUUUGCAUAUAUUGAAAAAUAAAGCGGGAGAAAAGUCCCGAAAAAGCCGCUUAUAGGGAGAAUCGCGAAUCGCCCGGGUCCGAGCUCCGGAGGUACUGUUGUGCUGUAGUGUUAAAUGGUAGAACUUGUAGGCUUUUUUCAACACGAUUUGUUUUGAGAUUUGUUUCGCUUGGGUGCAUUCUUUCUGUACAUGGAAACAUAAGUGUUGUCCACAAAAUUGUUUGGCGUUGCAGA